UCCCUUUUUUGUACUUAAUCGCACGUCACGCCUCUCUUCCGCUUCCGGCCCUCUACGCCUCCUCGUCCUCGCCGUCCCAAACCCGACCGACCGCGCCCGCCUCCCGUCCCUCGCCGCCCCAAAGCCGAUCGGCUGUCUCCAUGGGUCUCCUCUCCAACAGGAUUCGGAAGGAGAGCCUGAAGGCGGGGGAUCACAUCUACUCGUGGAGGGCUGCGUGGGUCUACGCGCAUCACGGAAUAUAUGUGGGUGAUAAUAAGGUGAUCCAUUUUACUAGAGGGAGGAACCAGGAGGUCGGAACAGGAACAUUCAUUGAUCUUCUUCUUGUGAGUUCUGGUCCUAAUCGAAGCAACACGCCAUGUCUGAUAUGCAACAAUGAAGUCGAUGCCACCAGCACCAUCGAGACAAAUGGUGUGGUACCCUCUUGCCUCAACUGCUUCCUAGCUGGGGGUGCCCUCUACCGUUUUGAAUAUGCAGUCAACCCAGCGCUUUUCCUUGCCAAAGCGCGAGGUGGGACGUGCACGCUUGCCUCCUCUGAUCCUAAUGAGGUGGUUGUCCGCCGUGCCAAACACUUGCUGAGCAAUGGUUUCAGGUGCUACAACCUGUUCAAGAGCAACUGCGAGGAUUUCGCAAUAUACUGCAAGACUGGCCUCCUUGUAGCGGAGCGAGGUGUCAUCGGGCAGAGCGGGCAGGCCAUCUCCAUCAUUGGUGGACCUCUUGCUGCUGUGAUCUCGACCCCAUUCCGCCUAGUUACCACAAACAUCUACGGAAUGGCAGUGAUGGCCGUCGGGGUGUACUGUGCCAGCAGGUAUGCAGGUGACAUUGGCAACCGCCAUGAUGUGGUGAAAGUGGAAGUUGAGGACCUGACGGCCGGACUGGCAAGCGGCAUGAUCCGUGCCGUGGAGAACAUCGCUCAGCUGGUGGCUCCGGCACAAAGCCCCACCGCAACCACACUCGCUGCUUAAAAAUGCAGCACUGUUGUUUUAACAUCUGGAGAGAUAUACAUCAGUCCAGACCUACUCUACUACUGCUAACUGUAUGAAUUAUGGGCUCAUUGUGUUCAUAAUCUGUUGAAACUCUGUUGAAGUGAGCUUUCCAUUCGGCAAUAUCUGUACUUAUGUGUACCAUGCAUGGCUUGUCCUGUGGUGUAUCAAGAUAAAAAGACUGUUGUGUGCUUUGUCCGUAAUUUCCAAUUUGACUGCUAAAGAAAAUUUGUGUUUA